AUGCCACUCAAGACCGUGAUAUGUAUCGGCAUGGCCGGUUCUGGAAAGACUACGUUCAUGCAACGUUUGAACUCGCAUUUGCAUGCCGCAAAAUCUCCACCCUACGUUGUACAACUAGAUCCUGCGGUGUUAAAUGUGCCUUAUGGAGCUAAUAUCGACAUUCGUGACUCCGUGAAAUACAAGAAAGUGAUGGAGAACUACAAUCUGGGCCCCAACGGUGCUAUCGUUACAAGUCUUAACCUCUUCAGCACGAAAAUAGACCAAGUGAUUAAGCUGGUUGAGAACAAGCGCGACAAAUACGAGCACUGUAUAAUAGAUACACCUGGCCAGAUCGAGUGUUUUGUUUGGAGUGCCUCAGGUGCAAUCAUAACCGAGUCUUUUGCCUCCACAUUCCCCACUGUUAUUGCCUACAUUGUCGAUACACCAAGAAAUUCCUCUCCUACCACUUUCAUGAGCAACAUGCUGUACGCGUGCUCUAUUCUCUACAAAACAAAGUUGCCAAUGGUUGUAGUGUUCAACAAAACCGAUGUGUGUAAGGCCGAUUUCGCACGCGAAUGGAUGACUGACUUCGAGGCAUUCCAAGAUGCUCUAAGGCAAGACCAGGAGCUGAAUGGCGAAACAGGUAUGGGGUCCGGUUAUAUGGGUUCGUUAGUGAAUUCUAUGUCGCUGAUGCUGGAAGAAUUCUAUUCACAACUAGACAUGGUUGGUGUUUCCAGUUACACAGGUGAGGGCUUCGACGAAUUUUUAACCGCCGUUGACAAAAAAGUGGAUGAGUACGAGUCCUACUACAAAGCAGAGAGAGAAAGGAUAUUAAAGCAAAAGGAAGAAGAGGAGAAGACUAAAAAACAGAAAUCUCUUGAGCAUCUCAUGAAAGAUCUGGGCUUGAAAGAUGAACAGAAUGCAGAAAAUGCUAAACAAGAAGAGGCCGACGUCCUGAGCGACUUUGAAGAAGGCGAAAACGAUGGCAUUGUUCUCAGGGAUGAGGAUGAGGGGGUCGAGAGAGAGUACACAUUUGCAGAGGGGGACAGGAUGAGCGGCGAGGUCAACGGGAAAUCAACUCCUGACUUGCAGAAGAGAUACGAAGAAGCAUUCCAGAAGGUUGCCAAAUCCGCAAGCAGCGAGACCGCUGAAAACAUUGCACGUUACAUUAGACAGUAA